AUGGAUGGUGCAAAGUCUGUUUCGACACCAUUGGCUACUAUGGGCAAGUUGCUACCUGCGCAGUCUGGUAGUGUUGCGGUGGAUGUCAGUCAAUUUUGGCGUCUCCUUGGUGCGUUGCAGUACUUGGUCAUCACUAGGCCUGAUGUAUAUUAUGCAGUUAACCGUCUCUCGCAGUUCAUGCAUUCACCGACAGAGCUGCACUGGCAGGCAGCCAAACGGUUGCUACGUUAUCUAAAAGGAACGGUUUGUCAUGGGUUGUUUUUCCGCACUGGGCAACCACUGUCACUGAGUGUUUAUACAGAUGUUGAUUGGGGCGGUUGCACUACCGAUGGCCAUUCCACCACCGCAUACUUGUUGUAUCUUGGUGAUAAUCUCGUUUCUUGGAAGUCCACCCGCCAGAAGUCCGUGUCACGCUCGUCGACGGAAUCUAAAUAUCUAGCCUUGGCGAAUGCUGCUGUAGAGGUCUUGUGGAUAAAGAAUUUGCUUCAUGAGAUGCAGAAAUUCGGUUUUCCAUUCACGUAUGAAGCAUCUAGUGCUGGACUACUUCUUUGUUCGUGA